AUGGCUAGCCCACAGGUUCUCGUGUUCGAUGCUGAGGGCCGCCCUGUGAAGUUUGACACCUGGCUCGAUGACCUGCACCUCUACCUACAACUCACAGCCAAGGAUGACAUCUCACUGUACGAUCACGCCCUAGGCCAUGUCACUGCCCCUGCUGCUACUGCUGACAGCACUGCUCGCUCACAGUGGCAGACUCGUGAUGCCCACGCUCGCUUCGCCAUUCGCAGCUCCCUGCUGAUAAACGAACGCCGUCUCUCCCUCCCCUACCUGUUUCCCGACCUGGCCUCCUUUCACACAGUCGCUAACCUCAUCAUGCACCUCCGUACUAGUGAGGCCCGCUUCCGUGCCACCAUGCCUGCUGAGUUCCUUGCCACGCACCCCCCUCUACUCUGGCUCACUCUCUACCACCUAGUCACCCGCCUCCCUGACACACUGCGUGCUGUCAGGGACCACUUCCUAGCUCGUUGCCCCACUGAGCUCACCAUUGCCCUCCUCGAGAAGGAGCUACUUGCAGCUGAGACUAGCAAAGUCGCUGUAGGUGCCUCUCGUGGCGACCCCCGUACCCCGUUCUUUGAGGGGUGCUCUCCUUCCCCCCUUCUUCCCUCUGUCGCCUCUGCUGCUGCUGUCGACCUUCUUGGUACUGAGAAGGUCGGCGCUGCGUCUGCCUCGAGCGGACGUCGCAGCGGCAAGGGCAAAGGGGGCAAGGGUGGUGGCGGUGACGGCGAGGGAGGAGGCGGUGGGGGCGGUGGAGGCAGUGGGGGUGGUGGCUCGACUGGAGGGGCGAGUGGUAGCGGUGGGGGUGGUGGCGACAGCGGCGGGGGAGGUGGCAGGAGUGGAGGCGGCGGUUGGGUUGGCGGUGGACGAGGCGGCGGCAGGGGUUGGGGUGGUCAAGGAGGUGGCAGCGGUGGUGGUGGCCGUGGAGGCACUGGCGGUGACCAGGGCCAGCAGCACACUCCCUCGCCCCAGGAGGUGCUGGUGAGGCUGCUGCUCUAG